AUGCAGUCUGAGAAGUUUGAUGUGGUAAAGUUCAUUGCUCGUGGGUCCUACGCCACUGUCUAUGAGAUAGUCUACCCACCGCAAGGUGAUGAGACGGCAAUGUGGCCGACAACCAAGACCACGAAGUGGGCGCUAAAACGCAUUUAUUUGCAAAACGAAUCUGCUGUUCGUUGUGCUCUUCGGGAGCACCGUAUCCUUGUGCGGCUCGCCCUGGCGGAGGAGCAAUCGCCAUUUCUAGGCACUCUGUUUCAAAGCUUUCGAAUCCACGGAGGUCCAGCCUUUGUACUGCGCAAAGGAAGUGGCUUCGACCUGCAAGAUCUCAUCUCAAACGUUGGCUUUCUCGAUGAAGAGGAUGCACGCUUUUACAGCAGUGAAAUUAUCUGUGGUCUGGAGUACCUUCACACCAUGCGCAUCGUCCACUUAGACGUCAAACCCACCAAUAUGCUAAUUGCUGAUUCUGGACAUCUCUUUAUCACGGACUUUGAUCGGUCAUACGACAUAACUCGGGAAGCGGAACCACCCAAGAAGGUGGACUUCACCGGAACCCCCUUAUUCAUGGCACCUGAGGUAAAGGAUCAGGUGGAAAUCACGACGAGGGCGGAUGUGUGGAGCCUGGGUGUUCUCGUGGCCUUCAUCAUGUACGAUCGCGACAAGGUGCAAAAUUGGCUGACAUCGGGUCAUCUGAGGAAAGGCCGUUUGUCGAAUAUGUCCGCACCUCUACGCCAUUUCUUCAAAGCCUGUCUCAGACGAAAUCACAUUAAGAGAUUGGAUAUGCAUGAUGUCAAGUGUCUUGAGUUCUACAAGGACGUCAACUGGGAGGCAGUUGUGGCAUGCAAGAUGGUACCGCCUUACCACCCCUCCAAUUUGAAAGUGUCUGCUGCUCAGGAGAAGUUCAAACUUGAUCCCUACGAUCCGCUGCUUCUUGCUGCUGCUUACGACAAGCACAUGCCGCUGAUAGAUCGGCAUCUGCGACACAUUCGUAAAAAAGGUGGAGUGCGUCGGUUAGAGGUAGUGGAGCCAAACCGAAAGCUACUGAAAAGCGCUGGACUAACAACAAGCAGGAUUGACGAACUGCUCGCUGAUUUCAACUUCAUUAACCCACGCCUCCAAUCAUCCCAUGAAGUCAAGGAGACGCAGACUGGCAGUGGUAACAAAGACGCGUCUUCCGAGUUAAAGCUGGGCGAAUUAGAGGGCUGUUCUUCACUGCUGCAGCGCAGCAAACGACGCAGUCGUAAAUUGUCAUCUGUUGUAACUAAGGCAUAUGGUCGGCAUCAUCUCGGUUUGGUGAUCAGUUCAUGGGUUCGCAACCAACUCUGUCAUGAGUCACCCGUUAGAACGACCACACUGUGGCGCUACUUGGGUCACAGCGUUGACCUUGUUUCUGGCAUGUGA